CAAAACACAUCAUAAAAUCCAAAAGCUAAAUGAUCAGACGAAAUACCACCACCAAUAUCCACUUACUCCUCCACCCCAUCGCCGCCGCCGCCGUCAAAGCUGCUUUUCCUUCAUUAAGCGCCGUGGCCUCUGUACAUCACCCCCAUAUUUAUUAUUAUCAUCAUCCAAAUGCCCCUCUCUCACUCUCACUCUCACUCAACUCCCUUGAACAUCUCCUCCGCCUAUUCCGCUAGAAACGGCAGCACCAGCUUGUCUUGCGGCGAAGACGCCGGUGAAUUAGUAACUUGGGAACCCGACAUGUGUUCCGGCCACCGUCAACCUCCAUAUCUACACGAAUAUUAUCCAAAGACCGAUGAGAAGGUCAUUUCAAAACUCAUCGACUCGGAAUCCCAUCAUAUGCCUUCCCCCGAUUACCUCCGCCGUUGCCAGGAGCGUUCCGUCGACGUCAUAGCCCGUCAAGACUCCAUCAAUUGGAUCCUAAAAGUAAAUGCAUGCUAUCAUUUUAGCCCCGUCACUGCGUUUCUCUCCGUCAACUAUUUCGAUCGUUUCCUCUCUUCUCGCGAUCUUCCGCCAGCAAAUGGGUGGCCGCUUCAGCUUCUAUCGGUGGCAUGUUUAUCAUUGGCAGCGAAAAUGGAGGAACCCCAAGUUCCAUCGCUACUGGAACUUCAAACUUUCCAUCCCAGAUUCAUUUUCGAACCCAAAACCAUCCAAAGAAUGGAGCUUCAUGUCAUGGCCGUUCUCAAUUGGAGAUUACGUUCAGUGACUCCCUUUGAUUAUCUCCGUUACUUCAUCUCGAAGCUCACUUCUUGCUCGACCCGAUUACCCGAUUCGUUUUCUUUGAUUGUUUCCGCUGCUUCGGAUCUAAUUCUCAGCACCAUGCGUGUAAUUGAUUUCCUGCAAUUUGCGCCGUCGACGGUGGCGGCAGCCGCCGUGCUUUGCGCUACUGGAAACAGCUUCGAAUGUCCGGGUGGUGGCGCUUUUUUGCACGAGAAUGUAAAUGCUGUAAGAAAUGGUGAGAAGCUGUCACCAACUAAUGGACGAAUAUCUCAUCGACACCUGUCCCUUCGCUCGAUUCAAGGAUCUAAGAGUCGAGCCGCCGCCGCCUCCGAGCCCAGUCGGCGUGCUCGACGCGGCCGCUUGCGGCAGUUGUGAGACGCGCUCCGAGAAUCCCGGAUCUAGCGGACAAAAAGAGCCGCCAGUCAAGCGGUUAAGAUCCUCUGCUCCGGAUGUACAGCGAUCGUAGAUAAAACCCAUCCCCCACCCAUUUCUUCUCUUGUCAUUUUUUCAUGGCACUAAUAAUUACAUGAUGAACGGUGGGGAUUUGAUGGUAUAAAGAGAGGGAGGGAAGUUUGUUAUUUAAUAAUUAAUAUUCUUAAAGGAGCUUUUAGUUAAGCAAUCUAAGUAUUCUA